CAAUAAUGUAAUGCAUGGGUUAUAAUGCAAUGUAAGUCGCUUUGGAUAAACACGUCAGCUAAAUGACAUGUAAUGUAACCACUUAGUCGUGAUAACAUAAAGAGAUGGAGAAAACCCCGUGAGCGUCAUGUUGUUGGAUGCAGGUUUCCUGUCCUUUUAUUUUGAAGACCGAGAGCAUGGUUUGGCAGAGGUUUUGCUGCACGCUUCACGGUGCUGGUCCGCUCGCAGCGGCGCGCUGUGCCGCAGAGCGGAGCGCGCAGAGUGGCGGGUCGGGAAUUAUCCGACUCUCCUCAUGAAGAAACGACCGUCUGGCUCACUCACACCGUCCAGUCAGGAGCACUCGGUGAGGACUAAUAAAUAGGGUUGACAGCUGGAUUGUGUUAAACCCGAAUGAUCAGGCUGUUGUGUGUCCCCAAACUAUGAAGAGGCUGCAACAGGAUCCGAGAAAUAAGGUAUUAACAGUAGCUCUGGACUGACCUGAGCCAUGAAGACCCAGAAUGGCAAAGAUGUUACACCCCCACAUCCCUGCGGACAAAAGUCUACCUUUACCUUAAGAGGAAGAAGCAAGGACGGGUUGAUUCAAGGCAAACUUCGCAUCCGCUCCAUACCUGGAGCCUUUUUGGUGCUGGGGGUCAUUGUGGUUGUUGUUGGCACUGCUCUGGCUGUCGCAGGAUACUGGCCCUACCGGUUACAAAGAGCUUCCAUCCUGGGGCCCACAGAUGGGAAAUAUUUCUCUGAGUCACAGACAUCUGGAUCGAGUCUUGAAGGUAAGCCAGCUAAGCUCUCCACAGCCCGUCUCUUCCACAGUGCGCGGAUAAAGCUGCUGGGUCCUGUUAUCAUGGGGGUUGGACUCUUCAUCCUAAUAUGUGCCAACACAAUCCUGUAUGAGAACAGGGACAGAGAGACUCAGAUGCUCCUGGCUCAGAUGCGCACUGUAAUCUGCUCUGUGUCUGCAACGGUUCCCUCAGCAGAACUUAAAGAAAGUGCUGCACCCAACUCCAUGGCUGAACCAGCUGCUCAUCUCAGCAUCCUGCAGGAGCUGUCCAGCUCCGAGCCGCUGCUUGUGACCAGACACCCCAGAGACCAAGAGCAUAUUGUGGAGGGCAUCUACCAGCAAGGAGUUCUUCAGACAGAAGCCCUCGACCAGAAGUCAGAGCCUCUGCUGUCCCUCCACUCAUGCUACUCCAACUCAUGUAAUUCUAGUCAGGAAGACUUUUACACACAGUCUGGCGCUGAGCACGGUGGCAGCUUCAAUUCGCUGCGCCCCCCACAUGUCAAGUUCAACAGCUGCCUGGUGUCCGCCAGCUCUUUAUUCACGCUGGACGAGUUAGAUAUUCCAGCCAUCCAGCCGAGGCGCUGCCACAGUAUGAGCUACAGGACUAACUUGUAUAGAGCUGGAACUGUUGUGCCAGAUGGUCACCAUAAAAUCGAGGAGAUCCAUAUUAAUCAAGUGGUACUUACAGGAGAGACUGGUUCACAGGUUUGUGUGGACAAGGUUGUUGAGACUGCAGAAGAACAAACCUGCCAAAGCUGGCCUCGGCUGGACCUGAUCACCGGCAGCUAGAGAACAAAGAAGACUCAGUGGACAAACUGCCCGGACUAGUUAGAGCAGCAGUGUUAUAAGUGGGAUAAGAGUUUUGGCUCAGGGCCAUUUCAGUGAUUAGCCGCUCUCCACGGAGGGAUACAGUCACCCUGAUAACAAAGGAUCAUAAUCAUAUGUUCCCUUGAAUUCCAUAACUGCACUAUAUUUAAUUUUGUCCAUUGAGGGGCAGAGUGAGACCAAACCCUGGAUUAUCUGGAUUACAGUAUUUCUGACAAGGAUUUUCCAAAAUGUGAGCUUAUUCUCAUUCUUAAAUGGAAUAUUGAUAAAGGGGUUAUGGUUAUGCUUGGCUGCAGAAUAGAUUGAGAAGAUAUUUUAUAUAACUGAAGCAACAAUAUACAGACCCUACACUGUAACAACUGAGAAAACAAAUAGUUCACUUCUGCUGUUUGGGUUGGUUGCGUUGUGAGAAAAUGGAUGAGAAAAGCAAAAUGGGUUUGCCUGUUUCAAAAAACGAGUGUGCACAAGCAUUGAUAGCAGUGUAGCAUUGAUAGAAGGGUCAAUGUUUUCACUGUGCUUUUUUUAACCAAACUAUCUGGACUACCUGAGUUCCUAAAAAGCUAACCACUAGGAUAUAAAAAUCUGAUUUCUUUUCCUAUAUUCCAAAUGAAAUGCAUGGCAGUAUAGUCUGUCACAUCUUAUUACAUACUUGCAAACUUGCUUUUUAGCGGUUUUGAAAUCAAAAUAUGUCAUCCACGUGAAUCCUGUAUAAGAGGGAGGUGAGGGAACUCAAAUUUUCUGAAAAUUUACAUAAAACAUUGUUGGUGUGACGUGUUGAGAUCAGCUUAGACUUUUGGGCAGAAUCUUCAGAAGGCCGUAGUUUUAAAAGCUUGAUGGUACAUCACACAACGUGGAUGUGGCGUGGAGUUUGUCUCAAUGUGAAGUUUGUUUAAAGAAAAUCAAACUGCACCCAGCAUAACAUGUAUGAUACAUUGUUCUACAGCUCACCUUUUGGAUUACACUUAACUCUCUCAAACAACCAUCCCUUUUUUCUUUUUCAGCACUUGUUUUUAUGUAUGUUAUUAAUACUUAUGCAAAGAAUGUUCUUAUGGGUUUUGUGUGUGUUUAAGAAGCAAUGACAGUUAAUUCUAGAUUAUUCAAGUUUUGGGUCUUAUAUUCUUAUUUCUCUUGUAUCAGUUACGACAAUGCGUUAUGACUACUCUACGUCUGUUUCUGAAAUAUUGUCGAUGUGUGCAACGCACACUUUGGACAAUAGCCAGUAUAAUUGCCACUUGUUUUCACUACCACCACAUCCAUCAAUGAGCAUCUCCAGUACGCUGGCCUUCUGAGUCCCUCUCACAGACGUGUUAAGCCGUAUUAUUUCGCUUUAUUGAGACAUCUGUGUACCCUUCAUCCAGGGUGAAAACAUUACCAUAUUUGGAUAAUGAUGAAUAAAACUGUGUAGAGCUACAGCUACAACUGCACAGCACAAGAUAACACCUGGACCACCAGUGAUGAUGUCUAAGUCAGUGAAACAGCUGACUCUGUGUCCUCCAAGUAAUGGCAGUAGGUUCUAAGUAGGGCUGUGCGGUACACCGGUUCAAACGGUAUACCGGCAUAAGAUUUCCGUACAAUACCAUUCGGAGCUAGUUGUCUUAUGUGUGUUAAGAUUGAGUCAUGUUUAUAACUUCAUAACAACAAUGAACAACCGUCAACAAACUCUCUGGGUAAAACACCACAACACAACCGCUUUUGACACAUAAACAUUUUGUAAUACUAAUAUUUGUACAUUUAUUAAAAAAUGUCCCGCUAACAAGCUAACUUGCCGAACACAGCUGUUCGCCAAGGUCGUUUUCGGGGUCGAUUGAAUUAAUGUAUUUACUUGAAAAAGCAAUACAGUGAUAUACCGGGAUACUGUCAGAAUGUUUCUUAAUACCAUGUUUUUGGCCAUACCGUGCAGCCCUAUUUCUAAGCAUUUCUAGUUUAAUUUCUGACAUAAAAAAAGGAUUUCUUUCGGUUAACUUUGACUGAAGUGAACUAUUUCUGUGCGGUCUUAGUAGAGUUGAAUAACCUAGUAACCUCAUUAUGAUGCCACAGUUACAGGUUACAGGUACAUCAUUUCUUUUGUGUAAAAACCUCAGGACUAACAUUUUAAAUAGUGAAAUACAUGAAGCUCAACACUUAUAAAUACAGAAGUUUAGUGAAAAGAUGGUGCAGUAUGAUCUUGAGAAGUGCAUAGAGUAGUAAUAAUAUCUUAUCUACCUUAAAAGUCUUACUCUGGUAUUCUCUGUCUGUGGUGUCUGUUCUGUAUGCAAUGUGUGACCUUUUGUGAUCUAAAUGUAUACCAAACAAUAUGAGCAGUCUGACAGAAGAAUCAAUUGCUUUCUCUUUCCCUGUGUCAACCUCAUAAUCAAAGGUCCCCCACUGACUGACUCCGACAUGCCUUUUUCCACCGGACACUCCCCUGAACAUCCCUUUACACUCUUGUACAUACGCUUGAUCACUUGCACUCACAAAACAGUUGUGUGUAAGUAUGGUUAUCAAUUCACCUGUGCAGCUUUUUUAAAAAAGGUUUUCAUAUUCCUCUGUUAUGCACCAACCACCAUGUAAAAUUCCUUGUAUGUCUAACAUAAUAUGGCAAUAAAUGUUUCUAAAACCUCCAUCUACA